AUGCAGGGUGAAUGCGGGAGUGCCGUAGAGGAUGAUGUGUGUGCUGUCUUGGCAAGGCUAUGUGUGAUGGAGGGUUCGCCGCACCCGAGGAGAGCCUGGGAGAGGACAGUGGCGGUCAUCGGGAGGUGCUUGAAAAGGCAACCGACGGUGCCAAGCAAAGUGGGCGGUGGGAGUUGGAUUCAGGAGCAGUUGGACAAGGACGACUUCAAUGACGUACGUCCUCCCAAUCAGCCGGCUUCCUCACUGCAGAUUUGGUGGCCGGUAGACCCGGUGAAAGACUCGAGUCAGAGGGAGGAGACACCGGCUGACUUCAUCUCAGACGAAUUCCUUUUCUGA